AUGAGGAGAAAUCGGGGAGUAUCCCAAAAACAGCAGAGAGAAGAACAAAAGGGCAACAUAGAAGAACAAUCAAAGGGGAAGGUAAAUCAAAAAGAAAAGGAAGCAGGUAAAUACAAGAAUUUUGAAAAGCCAAUGCAUAGGGGUUAUCAUAAUUCUGCAAGACUAUUGUCUAGUGGAAGAUUAAUAGGCAAUCCUGGACAAUGGAAUCCUGUUAAGGACAAUAGAAAGCACAACCAUGCAGAAGGGAACGGGAGCCAAAAUAUGCAAGGUGAACAAGACCAUUUAGAAGAAAUUGUGACAAAAAAGACAGCAAAACAUCAUUGUUUAGAGAAAGAAAUAGCAGAGAAUUUACCUGAAGAGGGAAACAAGCAGCAAAGCCAACAUGAUGAAGGAAACCUGAAUGGGCAAACAGAAGAAAAGGAGGACACUAAUAUAAGCAACAAUUCACAAAAUGCAGCGGAUAAUGAAAACAUUCAGUCUCCAAAGGGAAAAAAGGAACAAGACAAAACUGUGCAAGAAAGUUCUAAAGAUUGGGUGGAAGCCUCCUUUGGGAAAAUCAAUGUUGACAAUGAAAAACAGCUGACAUCACAACAGGGACAGCAAGAGCAAAAUAGAGGUGAUAAUCAGGUGGUGGAUCAGGUGGUGGAAGUGGAUCAGACACCAAAUGUUCAUGAAGCGAGAUAA